CACACGCGGCUCGGCGACGGACCACGUCGAACGCCGCUGUUCAAAUCAAUUCGAACUUCGAACUAAGUCUGUUAACUUUUAAACUUUAGUGUCUGUGUUGCAAGCUCUAUAAAACUUCACCAUGAAGAUUUUCAUAUUUCUCGCUCUCGCGCUUUGCGCAUACGCAGCCGAAGUGAAGGAGACAGAAAAAGCGGCAGAACCCGCGAAGGACAAACGACAAACACAAGGAGUAUACACGCAUAUAGGAUACAGGACAGCUAGGAAACAGGAGCAAGUCGCCCCAGUGGAAGAGCCUCAAGAUGAUGACAAACCUGUCAGUCGCGCCGACAACGAGCAGUACCGCCCCGGCCAGGUGUUCUCGCUGAACACGCAAGAACUCCUGGAGUUGCAGCCUGAGAGGAAGGCCCCCCUCACCAGCAACCAGCUGCUGCAGCAGUUAUACCGACCCCAGCAGGAACAGAAGUCCAACUUGCAGCAGAUCUACUAUUUGGAGCCUCAGAGUGCACGUCAGGUGUCUUACCAGCCAUCGUCUCAUGCCGUCAUCGCUCGUCCAGACUACACCUCCAACGGUGGUGAAGCCUCAGUAGGAGCUGCCUUAUCCGUCAGUGAUUCAGGAUCCAAUCAUAAUGAUGCCUACAACCAAGAUCUCCUUGCGUUGCUUGGACAGCCUCCUCUGAGAGCGGCUGAGGAACCUCAACAGCAAUUGUACGCUCAACCGCAACAAGUACAGCAUAUCCAGCAAGUUCAACAAGCCUCUAAUGUUCAGAGUGUUGUACCUCAAUAUCAGCAGGUCGACAGAUACAUUACCAAGCCGAGCAAGAAGUCAAAACUGAGGAACAAAGUGCAAAUAGCUCCAGCCCAACCUUCCACGGCUCCUCAGCAGUAUUUGAUCGAGACCACCAACGUUCAACAACAGGCAAUCCAGCAGUCGCCUCUGUACCGCCAACCUUCGCAGCCCCAGAGAGUGCCACAGGCUCUGCGUUAUGUGCAGGUCCCUCAAACUCAAGCGGCAUCUCAGCAAAUAUUGUACGAACGCCCCGAGUCUCAAGGCUUGAAAGUGGUCCCAGCACCCAAACUCCAACCCCUGAGCCAGCAACAACAGAUUCAACAGCAACAGAUCCAACAGCAGCAGCCCAGAGCUCAGCUGAACUACAGAAUUGUACCACAAUAUCAACAGCCCGAAGCCCAGGCUAAACAAUACAGAAUCUACGAAGCCCCCAGACAAGUUAUCAGACCUCAAGAACAACGUCUUACCAGCCAGAGCGUUGAAAGACCAGUUUCAUAUCUCAAGCGGUUCCCCGACCAAGACAAAAUGCGAGCUGUCAAAAUCUACGAGCCCAUUGUUGAAGGAGUACCCCAACAACCAGCUCAGAUCAUUGGCGAGCAGCAGUAUUAUCUCCGCCCUAUUUACAGAACCAAUGAACAACGCCCAAGGUAUGAAAUGCCGGCUCAGAUCAAAUCUGAACAAUCAAGGGUAUCAGAAUCGGCGAAAGCGCCACAGUCGUCUAUUUUUGUCAGCAAAAAUGUCGCUCCCAGGAAACAGGUAAGGCCUCAGCAACUGUACAGCCAGCAAUCGAGUGUUGAGCAGGUAAACCUUGAACAGCAUGGACAGAGUUUGGAAGAGCAGAGAGCGCAGUUGCCUCCUCCGAAGAAUAACAAGGCGUAUACUCCUGAAGAGUUCGCAGCUCUUGUUGCAGCUGGGUACGCGGUAACCCCUGUGCCAGUUAGCUCAAUAAACCUCCAAGAGGCUCAGUCCAGGUCGUCGAUAGACACUGUAUCGAUGCACCAGAAACGCCGACCCCUGCCUGCGAAUAGACGCCAUCAAUAUCUGCCCCUUCGAGGAGACGACGCGCCUUAGAUUUAAUCUUCCAACUGUAAAUAGGUUAGCUGUAAAAUAAAAAAUAGUGAUAUUCGUUUAAA